ACAUAACAUAAAGCCUGGUCAGAAGUAGGACUGCAACGCCCCCAGCUAGGGGGAAAGGAAAAAAGGAAAAAAGUUAAGAAGAGUAACAAGAACGACGGAAAAGAAAGAUCCACAGCACGCAGAAGAAAGAAGCAACAAAAAAAAGGAAAAAUGGGGGAUUAUCACUUCAUAUACAAGGACGUGGAAGGCGCAUCAACACAAUGGGAUGAUAUACAGAGAAAGCUUGGUAAUUUACCUGAAAAGCCUCCUGCCUUUAAGCCACCUCCCUUCACUCCUGCUCCUGAUGAAGAUUCCAUUCCCAAAGAUAAAUCUUGGAUCGAUAACAAAACCCAAGAGGACCUCGAAGACCUUGAGGAUGAUCUUGACGAUGACCGGUUCCUCGAAGAAUACAGGAAGAAGAGGUUGGCUGAGAUGAGAGAAGAAGCUAAAAUCUUAAAGUUUGGAUCAGUGCUUCCAAUUUCAGGGUCUGAUUUUGUUAGAGAAGUUUCACAAGCUCCAUCCGACGUCUGGGUUAUUGUUCUUCUCUAUAAAGAUGGAUACCAGGAAUGUGGAGUAUUGCUUCGAUGUCUGGAAGAACUGGCAACUAGAUAUCCUGCUACAAAGUUUGUUAAGAUCAUAUCUACAGAUUGUAUACCAAACUACCCUGAUUAUAAUCUGCCCACUUUGUUGGUGUACAAUAAUGGUGCAGUGAAAGCAAAUUAUGUGGGUCUCCGCAGUUUUGGCCGGAGAUGCACCCCUGAAGGUGUUGCAUUAGUUCUCUGUCAAUCAGAUCCUGUACUAAAUGAUGGUCAGAGUGGAAGUGAUCCAUCAAGAGAAGCCGUCAUGGAAGGAGUUCGGAGGAGGCUCAUAGAGAAAGUUGUGAAGGAGCAUGAGGAUGAUGACGACAAGGGAUCAUCUAGCGAUUAGAACUCUUGUAGUCUUUUUCCCUGUGGGUUUCGUGAGAAAGGAAAAUAAGUGUAUUCUAUGCAAUCAGAGCAGUCCUUUAUUUGGUUUUGGGGAUAUUAUCUUGCUGCUUGUACAAGUAUUUGAAUUAUUUAUUGGUGUUUAUAUGCUUAAGUUUGUCAUUCAUCA